GGUCGCUUCGUCGACUCGGCUUCCAGGCUGGUUGUUUUGCAAUUUCCUUCAGUCGUUUAGUAAAUUUUAUGAAAUGUUUAAGAAGAAAAAAGAAGGAAAUAAGUCCAAUGACGACCACAAAAAGGAGCUGGCUAAUAUGCUUGGUGGGCUGGGAAUGGACGCUGAAGAUAUGACGUUUGGGAUGGAUAUUGAUGGUGAUGACAGUGAUGAUGACAACGCAAGUCUAGAGGCUGAGCUUGCUGCCCUCCAAGGAGAGGUACAACACAAACGUAAAAAAAAGCAAAUGGGUGAUGAUGAUGAUGAUGAUGAUGAUGAUCUAGACAAUCCAGAACUUCUAGCUGAACUGCAAAGUAUAGCUCCAGGAGAAGAUGUACUAUCCAAGAAUGACCCUACGCCAGUUAUGCAACCUAGUAAAGUGCAACCACCCCAGGAAUCAUUCUUGUCAUCAUCUGUGUUGGACCAACUGCAAGCUAGAGAAAAAAUGUACCAGACAGCAAUAGCAAAUGCAGAAAAAUGUGGUGAAACUUCCAAAGCAAAAAGAUAUGGCAGAGGAUUAAAGCAAGUAGAACAGAUGAUUAAGCAGUGCAAAGCAGGCAAAGCGGUCAAUCUGGAUGAGCUAGCACCUGAAGUGGCUACAGGAUCUUCUGCGUCAUCUCAGCCUCCUGCUCCUUCCAUUCCUCAACCUACAGAAACACCCAAAGUAGAAGUGACUCCAAGGAAUGACAGCAUACCCCAAAACAUCACUGCUACCAAAGAUGAAAGCAAAGAAGUAAAGAAUACUUCAAGUGCAGAAAAAGAACAAACUAUUGCAAUAUUAAAAACAAGACAGAACCAGUAUAAAGUAGCUGCCCUGACGUGCAAAAGGUCUGGCAAUAUCGCACAAGCCAAGCAGUUUCUUGUGGUUUCAAAGCAAAUUGGUGCCAUGAUGGAAAGUGUCUCCAAUGAUCAGGAUGUUGACAUAUCAACCUUGCCACCUGAACCUACUCUUGCUUCUCCAGCUAAACCUAAACCAGAAACAGAGUCCAGACAACAGUCAGGUAGCCCUACAUCAGAACCCCAACCAGGACCAAGUACACAGCCUGACCAGCCAAGCCAGUCCAAUAACAUGGGGAUCCCACCACCACCAAAGGAUGUCAAUGAAGCUCUUCAGCAGAGACUGGAAAAGUACCAGCAGGCAGCAAACAAAGCCAAGGAGGAAGGAAAUAGCAGUAAGGCUAGAAGAAUGGGAAGAAUCGUGAAGCAAUAUGAAGAUGCAAUAAAGGCUUACAAAGCAGGACGGCAUGUUGAUUUUGAAGAACUGCCAACUCCACCUGGAUUUGAAGAUAUACCACUUCCUGGAAAUGCAGCACCCAAACCAAGUGCCCAGGCAGAGGGACCAGCCACUACCUCUGAGCCACAGGCACUCAAAGUACGAAUACCACAACCAGCAGCACAGAUGCCACCACAGCAACAGCAUGGCUCACUUAACAGGCAAGGACGCAAUGAGCAGCAGUUGAAUUUUCUGUUAGAAAGGCAAAAGGAAUUUAAGACAGCUGCACUGAAGGCUAAGAAGCAAGGAGACAUUGAGGAGGCAAAGAAGUGGUUGAGAAUGUCAAAGGGGCUUGAUCCAAUGAUUGAGAAUGCCAGCAAUGGAAUGAGAGUUGAUCUUUUAUCUGUUCCUCUGUCACCACUAACAUCCCAAGGACCAGCACCCACUGCGUCUGCUAACUUUGUCAUGAUAGAGACAAAGGACUGUAUGCCGAACCCAAGAACACCUGAAGAAAUAACAGAACUGUAUGCAAGACUGGAAGAUUGUCUUAUCAAACAGACCGAGAUGUGUAUAAAGAAUGGCAAACAUUACCAGCAACUAGGAGAUUUAAGUAGUGCUAAAAUGUAUGACAAGAUGGCCAAAAGCCUUCAUCAAGAUCUAGAUGCCGUUAAAAGUGCAAAGAAGCAUAAAGACCCACCCCCGAAAUUCCACUAUGAGGACAAGACAUUUACUGUUGUUAACUCCUUUUCAGAACUUAGUAAUUCAGAAGUUGAAAUAGAGGUUGUUAGAUGUCUUAAUGUGCCACUUCCAUCAGGUUAUUCUGCUAAAGAUAUGUACACUUACGUUGCCUUCGAGUUCCCUUAUCCUAACGUAAGUAUUUGCUACAUAAGAAAUUCACAAACACACAUUUAUUUCGUUUUAGAAUAUAACGAAUCUUUCAAAGUAAAUAUUGAUCGAAAGAACAGAACUCUAGCGAGAAUAUUCAAACGACAAAACCUGAAAUUUGAAGUCAAGUACGAGAGAGGUUUUCUAAAAGGAGACAAGGCAAUUGGUCAAGCACAAAUUAAGCUCGCUCCUUUCGAUUCCAAAUGCGAAAUUCAUGAAUGCAUAGAUCUGAUGGACACAGACCGAGGUCGCAAAGGUGUCGGAGGAAAAUUAGAAGUACGAGUAAGAAUAAGAGAACCGUUGACUGGUCAGGACGUACAGAUGGAGAAGUGGAAAUGGCUGGUCAUCGAUAUGCACCUGGGCGGGAAGAAAACUCCAGACUUAGACGUGGGAUCUAUCAUGGCCAAGACGUCGCCAACUCCUGGACGAGCAGUCACUCAAGGAAGCAUCAAUGAUCUAGUGAGCGUAGAAGUUCUUAAAAUGGAAAAGCAGUUGGCAGAGAGACAGGCGUCGGCACAAAAGGCGAAGGGACAAACGCCUUCACCAGCGUUACUUCAACGGUACAAACAGUGUAGUCAGAAGAUGGAACAGCUACAAACCAUGCUUAGCAAAGCUGAUAAAAAGAUUCUUGAAAAUUAUGUACAUCAGUUAGUCAGUCAAAUAAAAGUGGAACAAUCUAACGCCCAGCGUGCAUUGCAAGCAGGCAAUAAGACUGAAGCUCACCUUUGCAACACCCGAAAGAAAUUAAUGCAAAAUGAGAUCAUUUCCUUCAAGCCCAAGCUGGGAUUAAAGUAAAAAAUAACAAUUCUGGAAUAACAAUGAUAAUAUGGCGCCCAAGAGGACGCAGUAUCUGCACCAUGUUGACUGGUAUCACAUGCCUAACACUGGCUAACCGUAGUAAAUCACGUCUUGAAUCUACCACAGACAAAUAUAUUUAACCUGAAGAUAUUUUUAAACGAAGUAUUUCAGCGAGGUUUGCACUUUGUUCACCAUAUAUACACAAAUAUCUCAAUCUCAGGAGAAAAUUCAAACAAAGUUGAAUUUGACAUUUAUUCCAAAACUACAGUGCAAUAUAGAUCGCUUUAAAAAAAAUUCAAAAUAUUUUCUAGGUUCUUUAAUGAAAAAUACGAAAAAAAAUAAGUCCAUUAUAGUUGAGAAUCUUGUGAUGAAAUAAUCGGAAUUCCUGAAAAAUUUCCAGAAAAAAAACACCUUCCCACAAAAGCACACACCUUUAAAUUACCCGUCUGAAAAAUUCUGGGGGUAAAUAUUGCGAAAAUUAAAUUGAAUACCUGCCAAAAACUUUCUUAGUUUUUCCUGGACCCUCGUUAUGUAGGAUGUUUUUUCCUGUUUCUUCAGGUGGUGUAGUGCCUCGUGCUUUAUAAUUAUUUCUGCUUUCUAAGAUUUCCUCUUUUUUUUUUUCCUUUACAAGCCAUGUUUUCCCGGCUUGAUUUGAGAGAGACGUGCCAAGACCAUAAGUGAGAGACGGAUGUUCACCCGACUUAACGGGGUUUUUCUCUUGCGACCGAGUAAGCUUUCCUUUUAUUGGCAAUGCCCACAAGCUUUUUCAUGAUCUCUGAUUGUUUUCCAUUACGACACGUAUAUAGGAAAUCUCGCUAAGAUUGAUAUUCUUUAGGAAUAAGGGAACUCUCAACACAUCCGCUAUUUUGAUAAAUACGUUUGGACUUCGACACAAUAGAAUAAAAAUCUCUGUCCUUACACAUAAGUCUUCUUUGUUUUGACUGGUACUCUUACAAAGAAGACUUUUAAAAAUUAAAAUCGAAAAUUUCCAACCUU